AUGGAGUCACUUGUCUAUGAGAAUUCGCCUUUGGCCGACUACCUUCAAGGUUCGUGUUAUACGCUGCCAUACUCGCUUGUCGCCAAAACUCACAAAUCGGUCACAGGAGAAGGUGAACCAGAGGAAAGCUGGCCAGUUGGUGACACACACACGGAAGACGAGGGGGAUCAUCCUUCCUCUGACUUUGCUCCUCGGGGUGCCUCGCGAUUUCAGGAACGAGUUCGGAAUAAGCUACCCAAGCCUCUCGACCUACGAAACACUCGACAGGGUGCGGUUGUUGGGAAAUUAUACGGUGCUUGCUCUUCCGCUUUGAACGCACGCAUCGGACGAGGAGAUAACGAGCGGUUUCUAGAGCAAUUUGGAUACGUUAUCGUCGCAUCGCAAUUAUUAAACGAACACAGCGCACCGUCCUACACCUCUGCCGCAGAUGUAUUGUCAGCUUCGCAACCAUCAGAUCUUCCAUCCCUCUCUACAACAUUCGGACUUCAAGGUGCCAUUGUCACAGCCACAACUUCGUUCUCCAUCGCCUGGUUGCUCCAUUGGGGCCGGUCACGGACUGGGUCUGGAUUCAAUACUAGAAGAGUGGGGAUCCUCUUAAUACUUGUUCCCAUUCUAGGGGUCGUAUUUUAUGCUUUCGCUAAGAGGCAAUGGCUUAAAUAUCUGCGGCACCAGGCGGUCGAGGCUGCAGGUACAUUUAUUGGAAACGCCCAGGGCUUCGAUUCGGCUGCUUCGGCUUCGGUGGUUUUCAUACAGGAGGUGGAGCUUGUUUCCAGAGGCUAUCGGAUAAGCACGCCCCUGCCCCCGAUCAGUCGACUUGAAGAUCAGGUCCAGACUCGCCGUUGUCUGCGUCUUCGCAGAGCAGUUUCAGAAUGCUUUUGGUCGAUGCUCGAACGAUAUGUUCGAUCUCAAAAUACGCUGCGUCCUCUAACGGAUAAUGCCAAUCUAGCCAAAUAUUACGAUAUUUAUGAUAUUGCGUUGGAGGACCUCGAAAAUAUUGAGCUGACAUUGUCACAACGGAACUUGGAUGACCAGUACUCUCUACGCUCCUUAAGAGAUCUAUUUGGGAAGCUUUAUACGGCAAGAAAAAGUGUACUGUGCUGUUUAUUAGCACUCAGCGCUGACGGCGGUGGAUCUGAUAUUGCGCGGUGGAGCUCUGCCGUGGAAGAGAUGCGGGAGCUUGCGGCGGUCACCGGGACGAGUAUGAGCAAGAUGGCCAGUAUCUUGAAUGAGGAAGACAGGGAUGCCCCAAUUCCACCUUCACCGUUGCCUUCCGCUUCCCCAAGCAAGGAUCACCUGCGCGCGCAAGUUCGGAGAUUGAACUCCCUAUCUCAAGGAGUUCGUGCCUUGCAUGCCAAAAUGCAUAUCAUUGGCGAGGAGACGAACGCCAAUCUCGAACGUUCCAACACCAGUGAAUUUGAAUCAAAUCUUCUCUCCCAAUAUGACUUAAUCGGCAGUGACAUCCGAUCCUUGCUGGAGGAAUGGGAAGUGGGUAAAGCUGCGAUUGUGAACAGUCAAGAUCGUCUCCAUGCUACAGACUACACACGGCCCUCAAGCACCAUCCUACCCAUGUCACCCACCCCUAGCCUUGGAGGUACCACUGCGGUUGAGGGCAGCCCCACCGACGCCCUUAAAGCCUUGACUGGAGAGGCUCGACCCGACCUGACACACAGCUUCGACGACGAGGAGAUUUUCGAGGCAGUCGUCCUUCCCGCAUCCAGAAAUAAACGCGCUUCACUCACUCGAGAUGAGCGCCUGGCACGUGUUCGAGAAGAUCGAGUCCGGCAAGCCAUUGCUCGGGAGAAGGUAGAUGCCAAUACCAACAUGCUUAAGGAAUUGGAGAUGGUCAUUCAGCAACGACCGCGAAAUAACCAUUCCAAACGGGUGACCAUGCUUGAAGCACGACUUGAGCAGGCUUCCCUCCUGAAGCGGGUUGUCGACGCCAUCAAGGACCUUGUCCAGGACUGCAACUUCGACUGCAAUGACUCCGGCAUCGCCCUCCAGGCCAUGGACAACUCCCACGUUGCCCUGGUCUCCAUGUUGCUCCGUGCAGAGGGUUUCUCGCCGUACCGCUGCGACCGUAAUAUCGCUCUUGGUAUCAACCUUGGCUCCUUGACCAAGGUCCUGCGCGCCGCCCAAAAUGAAGAUAUCCUCACCUUGAAGGCCGAAGACUCGCCCGAUGCUGUCAACCUGAUGUUCGAGAGUGCCGAGACCGACCGUCUUAGCGAGUAUGAUAUCAAACUUAUGGACAUUGACCAGGAGCACCUGGCUAUUCCCGAGACCGAAUAUGCUGCCACCGUGACGAUGCCCUCAGGCGAGUUCCAGCGUAUUUGCCGUGAUUUGAACGCUCUGUCUGAGUCUGUCGUGAUUGAGGCUUCCAAGGAGGGUGUCAAGUUUUCUUGCCAGGGUGACAUUGGUAACGGCUCUGUUACCAUCCGUCAGCACACCAACGUCGACAAGCCCGAGCAGAACACUUCCAUCUCCUUGUCCGAACCCGUCGCUUUGACCUUCUCUCUUAAGUACCUUGUCAACUUCUGCAAGGCCUCCAACCUGUCCACCUCGGUAACCCUGCACCUAUCGCAGGAGGUGCCCCUCCUGGUUGAGUACGGUCUGGGCAGUGGCCACUUGCGGUUCUACCUGGCCCCUAAGAUCGGCGACGAGGAGUAG